AUGAUAUUCCCUCCAUUCGUUCCAUCUCUCGAAGAUAAUUACAACUUGGAAGCUUCAAGUGGUCCCUCAACUCCUGGAACACCAUCUGAAAUCUCAGACCAAGUCCUAAGCAUUGGCUUCCCUCAAGCUAUGCAACUUACAUGGACAAACUCAUCUUCCACCAUGGCACUCUUCAUCUCCGAGCCUGGCUCAAGUGUUCUUUACGCAGCUCUCAUGCCACGCGGACUGCAAGGACCUGUUUACCUAUAUCCUGGUUCUGAGUUUGUUGGAGAUGCAAUGGCCUCUUCGAACAAAUCUGGCGAACGUUUCAUUUUCCAACUUCCAGGUGUACCCAGUUAUCACAUUUCCUCCAACCAAGUCACCAUGUCCUUUCAUCGGUCUCGAUCAAACCCUCGCUACAACUUCUCUAUGAGGGUUGAACACGAGGGGAGUCGCAGGACUGAAAAUUUUGAAUGGCGUGUUUCGUCAGAAGCACAGAGUGGCCUGUACAGUACAGUAUGGGAACUCGUUUCUCUGGGACGCAGUAGUAAAUCGAGCUCACAUCGUCCAAGGAGCUCCGAUGUAGUUGCCAUGAUUUAUGAAAACCAUGGGUCUUCUACAGAGCGGUCAGGGGGUUUUCGAUUUUUGGGGAGGCCAACCACGUCUUAUAUGGGGUACCACUGGACUCUUAUGGCUCUAAUGAGUGGUAUAGCUGUGUGGCAGCAUGCAAGUAGCGGAUAA